AUCACACAUUAUUGUUACGUAAAACAACUUGCCGACUGAGUAAUUCACACGUGCGCCGAGGAAAAAAUAUUAUGCUGCAACUCGAGGAGAAAUGAAGGGGAUUCAGCGGUUAGCGCAGUUACAAAUGCAAAAUUAUCGGGCUUCUAUGGGCGCAUGCAAACGCGUUUGUAUAGAGGCUUAACCGACAGCUGACAGGUCACCUCUCGCUCAGAUGGCAGGGCUAGCUGGCAGCUCUGAUUCACUACAAGUCCUCACUGCUCGUUGGCCUGGUCGGGAAUCCCAGAUCGCGGCGCUACAUAGCUGGCUGUUUGGUCGGAUCGGCUCGCACGUGAUCGUGCAUGGCCCGUCAGGAACUGGGAAGACUGGAGUAGUCCGGGACUGCCUGGAGACAUGGGGUUGCCGGUACGCUUACAUGACUAUGCCGCAGGAGUACAAGUUGCGGCAGCUGUUCAACUCCCUCCUGUCUCAGCUGUGGAGCUACUCGGGAUUGAAACGAAAACGUGAAGGUGGUUUCGGAGCCACUGCGGGGGCGGACAGCUGGAACGACUUUGCGGAGCAUAUUGCAGAUGUAUGCCCCCCUGGUGCUGAGCACUGCUCCAUGAUUGUGUUGGACGAUAUGGAGUGGUGCGCGCACAGGAACCUGUUGCCGCAACUGCUGGCUGCGAUCAAGUGGCACCGGGCCAGUGUGGUGGUUGUAACCAUAACCGCUACCGCACCGCAGGACGUUUUGUUCGGUCCUGGGUUGGGACUAGCCUUGCCCCUCAUGCGUUGCCUGCACUUCCCCGCGUACGACAGGGAACAGCUGUGUGCGGCGCUGGCGGUGAGGCUGCCCACGGCUUGCGGGGCAGCAGCGGCGGCGGCAGGUUCUGGGCCCCCGGCCGCCACAAACGGCAAUACGACACCCUCGCCGGAGUUGUACGGCAGCUUCCUGGGUGCGUACGUCGUGACGCCGUUCAGUCCGCUGACUCGCAGCGCCGCCGACCUGGCGGCGGUGGCGGCCUGGCUCUGGCCGAUUUAUAGUCGACCGCUGGAAGAGGGCAAGGUUCGCAUGGACGCUCCCGCUGAGUCUCAAGUACGGCAGCUUGACGUACCAAUGAAGCAACGCGACGUCAUACGGAAGUUGCUUGAGGUGUAUCGGCCAGGCAUGCGUUCCCUCACGCCGGGGUUGCUGCCGUCGGCAACGGCGGCAGCGCCGCAGCCGACGGCAGCUGCGGGGCCCUCGGCGGCGGCGGCGGCGCCAGGUGGCGGCGGCAGCGAAGAGGCUGACGGCGGGGGAGCCCUGGUCCAGAACCUGGGCAAGGCUGCGAAACUGCUGCUUCUGGCGGCCUACGUGGCAAGUCGCAACAAACCCACACUUGACAAGGAGCUCUUCGACUUCCGAAAACGACCAACCGCCAGACGGAGAGCGGGCGCGGGCCGGGCGGGCGAGGCAGCGCAGGAGGCGGACAGACAGGCUGAGGCUGCUAAGGAGGCGCGACUGAAGGGACCGCACGCGUUCCCCCUCACUCGUCUGCUGUCCAUCUUCCACCGCCUGUGGGCAUCGGCGCCCGCCAUUGAGGAUGACCUGUACGGCAACCUGUACGGAUCCUUCUUUUGUCGUUCCGCUGGCGGCGUCGAACCCGACGUGCUUGACGUGGACCUUGCCACGGGCUUCGCUGGGGGCAGGACGGGUUUGGAGGUAUGUACGGCGAGGUGUACGGCCAGUUUUCUUCCACAUUUUUGACGUUGUUGAAAGCAUUCCUUGUCAGCAUGUCAUUGGAGCAAUAACUGCAGGAAAACACACCGCGUUUCACCA